AUGGUUGGCUUUGGAUUCUCAUGGACCGACUCAUCGGUAGAAGUCAUCAACCGCUUGACCCCGGAAUUGCAAGACCAGGUCAUGAGAGAACUCUUCAGCCAGGAAGGCAAUAACAUGGGCAUCAUGAGGCACACGAUUGGUUCUUCAGACCUCAGCGGAAGACAGUACUCUUUCGACGACAAUGGACCUAGCUUCAACGAAGGAGAACCGGAUCUGGAAUUACAGAAUUUUGACAUUGGAGAAGAUGGCAGGGCAAUGGUGGAGUUGAUUGCUCGUAUGGGAAAGUACAAAAGUGAUGUCUUCUUGAUCGGUGCGCCUUGGAGCUAUCCCGGCUGGAUGAAACAUAAUGGUCUCUUCGUGGCGCCGAAUUUGAAUCCCGAAGUGGGGGGGAGUUAUAUGAUCAUGAAUAAUUCUUUCGACGCGCAGUAUAUUCCUCAGGCGGCGAGGUAUUUUGAGAAAUGUACGUCCCUUCGUGGGUCGGACUGUUGCCUUUGUACAACAAAAAAUGCUAACACGUUCAUGACAGAUUUGGACGCCUACAAGGACCAUGGUGUAUCUAUCAACGCACUGUCAUUACAGAAUGAGCCUCUGAAUUAUCAAGGUACCUUCCGUUACCCUCAGACUGGCAUGGUAGCUGACCAGGUAAUCAGGCGGCACCACAGCAAUGUACCUUGACCCAGCGGAUGCGGCAGCUAUACUCAAUCACGGCCUGGGCGCUUUGCUGAACGAUCGCAACAUCGCUCUCUUUGCGUACGACCAUAACACCGAUCAAACAGCGUACCCAAUGGUCAUGAUCCAGCGAGCUCCCAAGUACGUCGACGCAGCGGCAUGGCAUUGCUACGCAUAUCUUGCCAAUUACUCCGUCAUGGACGACUUUUAUUAUGCAUAUCCCGACAAACCGCAGUUCAUGACUGAGUGCUCGUCAUACUUGCCAAAGACAGGUAGCAUCGAUUGGCAAGUGGCGAAUGCUUUCAUGCCCAGUAUCCAACACGGGGGUUCUGGAGCGAAUAUGUGGGUCUUGGCCACUGAUCCGGAUUACGGGCCUCACUCUCCGUAUGGAGGAUGCGCUGGGUGCCAGGGAGCGGUGUGAUGAGUUCAAGACGCCAUUCUUGACAAUGCUGACUUGUUCUAGGUCAUCGUCAACUCAUCCUCGAGCUACAUGAGGACGAAUAAUUACUACAUGGUCGGCCAGUUCAGUCGCUUUAUUCGUCGAGGCUCCACAGCCUAUAACAUUGUGAAGGGCAACGAGGGGAGCCACCUUUCCCCCAACCAGUUUAACACCUUUGCCGCGCAGAAUUUAGAUGAUUCUUGGGCGAUAGUCUUCGUCAAUAAUAUGAACAGAACGGAGAACGUCCGCCUAUCCUUUACUGGGAGCGACAGCGUUUGGGAAGGUGUCGUGCCAAAUGCGACCGUAACGACUUGGAUUUUACCGUGCGAUAAUGUCAUGAGAGGCGACAGAGCCGCCAAUGCAACGUCGCCUGCGAGCUACCCGUUUGCCAAUGGAACGUCUCCGUGGAACGGGCCAACGGGCACCGGGAGGGCGUCGAAUGAAAUUUGCAAAUUGCCGCCGGUGACCACUGCGGCAUCCUCAUCUGCAAGCUCGUCAAGUACGCCGCUGGUGCCAGUGCCAAACCAGGGGCAUGUGGUUGAGCAGAACGUGUUGGGUCUCGAGACCAACAGGGAGAAUCGGUAUUGCUAA